GCUUGGUGCUUUCAGUGGUGCGGAGUACACACAGAGACAAUAUGGAUUCUUCCACCUUUUCUACAUGGCCCUAGUUAUUACACGUUUAGACACAAGUUCACUAAGCUAAUUCUUGUUUUAUUUUUGUAUUUACACCAUUUACAUUCUUUUACCAAAAUCUGCUGUCGGCUGAAGUCUUUUUUAUAAGUGCGUACGUUGUUUCUCUCUACUCUGAAGAACCUGAAGAGACGGGAGUGGGAUGCACUUCCCAUGAGCUGGUGGCGCAACAUUUCCAGUAACAGCUUUCCAGACCAGGAAGACUCUCGCAUUAUACUCUACUCACGCAGCAAACUAUGUUCACUCCCUGAGAGAAAGGCGUAGCUGAGUUUGACGGUCGUUUUCGAUGGAAACAAACGGAUUAAACCGUUUCAGCGAUGAGUUAAACAGGUCAUUCUGCGGUAGGAAGAUUUUUAUCCUGCUUAUUUUAGGGAACAUUGUGACUGUGUUAGCUCUUCCUGAAGUUCAUAAUGAAACGAGCCCAAAUCUGGACUGUACCAACGACUUAGACACAGAGAUGUCUUGCCAAUUUAAAGCGCAAAAUUGCUCUGGAUACGAUGUGACUCUGGUGUGGAACGAAAAAAAAGCGCCGGUGCAUUGUAUUCCUGAGCAGUGCAGUGGAGGAUGUUGUUGCUCUGUCAAAACGAUAAUUGUUCUUGGGGAGAGUCACAACAUAACGGUUUGGAAAGAUGGCCAAAUAAGGGAAUCCAAAAUCAUCAGCAUUAAAGAGAGCAUAAAGCCCAAAACCCCAACAAUCAUGUCAGUGGAUGAAGUCAACGGGAAUUUUCAUGUCAAGUGGAAAACGAACAUUGAUGCCAUUACCAGCUCUAUGUUUACGCCUUAUGUGAUAUACCAUAAAAAAGGAGACACGGAAAAGGUCAAUAUGUCUGUCAGCGAAUCUACCACUGAUGGACUCAAUACCUAUGUAAUACUUGGUCAAAAAUUGGAACCAAGUACAAAAUAUUUGGUCAGCCUGCAAACCUACACUGAUCGGAGUGGCAAGUUCAGUGACAGCAGCAAAGAGUUGGAAUUCACAACACCUGCCUCCUCUAAUGUCCUGCUCAUCGCUCUCAUCAUCAGCCUCAGUAUUGCUGCAGUCCUAAUCAGCAGUGCUAUAUUUGUCUGCUCUGUAAGGUUGAAGACACAGUGGUGGGACCUGAUUUCCAAAGGUCCAAAUCCAAAACUUCUUAUUAUGCGUUCAUAUGACCAAGAGUGGUUGAAACCUGAGCCAACCAUUAUUUCCCCUGCCUGUGUUGAGACCCUUGUUCCUGAUGAUGGCAAACCAUGGUCGAAGGGGUCACUGACAGACAAUAGCAGUGGGAGCUUUCAGCAAAGCAGUGGAAUCAGCACUGGAUCCUCUUGUCUCAGUUAUGCUAACACAGAACCUGCUGAUAUUAUAGCCGGGGUUCAUGAUGCCCUUGGUAAAGCCUUCCCCAAUAUCAGUCCAAUAUCACCUUUGACCACCAACCUGCUCACAGAAUCAAACAAAGACAGUGGUUUAUUCUCUGCUCCCAACAAUCCCUGUAGUGUCAGAGCUGAUGACGUGAAUUCUGGAUCAUCAGGCUUUGACAAUAAAACCUAUUCCAUUCUCAUUCCCAACUGCCCACGUCAGAUUAUGAUGGACAGCUCUGAAGUCCAGACACAGGAUGCAAUGCUUUGUGACUCUGCUUACCAUCCUAGUGAGGGUGACAUGGUGAUCUGUCCUGACCAAGAGGUACCAGCGUGUCCGCUUCUUAAUUUACCAGCGGUGGUUUCAUCUCCAAUGCCAUCAGACAUGUCAUAUCAGCCGUGCAAUGCAGAUUCUGGACAAUUAUCACUUGCAGACGACUCCAGUUUGUCCUCCAUCUCUAGUGGCACCAACACAAGCGCCUCAUGUGAUCCUGUGACCAGAGUUGAGGCUGGAUGUGACAGCUUUGAAGAGGCCACCAUAUAUGAUGACAAUCCCUGUUACGGCUGCAUGCCUGCUGGCUCACACAACUUUCCUCAAGUGAACGAUGACUACCAGGCAUUUCAAAGUCUAGUGGGACAGCCUGAUGUUUUAUUUUCAGAGCAGAGAAGUGUCGAGAGAGAGGAACAUUUGGAUAAAUAUCCAGCGGAAUCAUUCACCAAGAUCCCUCCAGUCACUCCAGAUUUCAUUAACAAUGUUCAGAGUGACCAGGGUCUCUCUGAGCUCCAAAGACCUUUUCUCUCUCUGCACUCUGCUGAGCCUAUGACAGUCAUUACAGACAGCAGCUAUCAAAGUGUGUAGCGCUGAAUCUUUUCCAUUAACUUCUGUGUCAUUAAAUAAUAAGCCUAGCUGAGUAAUGUUGGGAUGCAAGAGAGGGCUUCAGUUUUGAUGUUCACUUGUGAACGAUGGACUUUGAGAUCUAUUUAAUAGCUUUUCCUGCGGUUCUAAUUCACAACAUCUGCUGUAGGCAGCACCUUGAGUUAACAUUGUUUUUUCAGUUUCGAUAUUACUAGUUUUAAAAUGUUGUAUAUAUUUUGGUGUAUAUAUUUUGUUUUUUUAUUUUGUUGCCUUGCUUAAAAGAAAACACACUUUUUGCACAUUAAGAACAAGUAAUUUGUGAAUACUUUGAAACUGUAGUAUUUAGAUCACAUGAUUGGUUUUGAUGUGAAACAUCCAUAAAGUUUCGUACAUAAAAGCAUUAAUGUAAAAUUUCAGAGAAUAACCAGUAGAAUCAUUCACCAAGGUCAUUCUUUAUUAAAACCCUCCAAAAGUGAUGUAAAUAACCAGA